AUGUCCACCCCAAUUGUGGACUCACACAUCCACCUCUUCCCAGAAUCACAUCUCCCAACUUUAGCCUGGCACGGACCAAACAAUCCCCUGGGAUCACAGCACUGUAUCAACGAAUAUCGUGAUGCCUCAUCAUCCGUCUCAACAACCGCAACUCCAGAGACAAAACACUACCUACAAGGAUUUAUAUUCUUGGAGACAGACCGAAUUUCUUCAAUUUCAGAAGAAUCAACAGAAAAUCCAGGAUGGAAACAUGCUUUAGAUGAGGUCUCUCUCCUCACCCGAAUCGCGCUCGGUGAACCUAUCCCAGGCGAGGGUCACAAAGCAAUAGAUCGCGAUCUUUGUCUCGGUAUAAUACCCUGGGCUCCUGUACCCGGUGGUCCGAAUGUACUCAGGAAAUACUUAUCCCAAGUACAAGAGCGAACUAGAACAGAUGAGGUCUGGCGCAAAGUGCGAGGUGUGCGAUACCUUGUCCAGGAUAAAGCGGCGGGAGUUAUGCUCGAGUCCGACUUUGUGAAUAGUUUGCGAUUUUUGGGGAAAGAAGGACUCGUCUUUGAUCUAGGAGUUGAUGCGCGACAGGGAGGUCUACACCAGCUACGAGAGGCCGUGGAAAUGAUGGAUAGAGUAUAUGAAGGGGUGGAAGACGAGAGUCAAGUGACAAUCGUGAUAAACCAUCUAUGCAAACCGAAUUUGCGACUACCUUCUGAUUCAACGCCGACCCAUAACGAGUAUCUCGAAUGGAAGGAUCUCAUCACCCGAAUGGCUCGCGCGAGCAACAGAACUUAUAUGAAGCUUUCUGGUGGAUUCUCUGAGCUACCAUCACUGACCGAGUCGGAAAUUGAUCUCCCAUCUGUGAUUGAUACUCUUCAACCAUGGACUGAUGCAGUGUUCGACACAUUUGGUGCCGAUCGCGUGAUGUUUGGCUCAGACUGGCCAGUGUGUAAUGUUGGCGGUGGUGGGAAUGAGGUAUCUUGGAGCAGAUGGCGCUCAGUGGUUGAAGGAAUUUUGGAACGAAGGGGUUUAACAGAGGAUGAGAAGAAGGGAGUUUGGGGGAAUGUGGCAGUUGAAGCAUAUGGUAUUUCCAUUUAA